UGACCCGGAUGUUGACUGUGCGAGAGCGGCGGUUGUGAAAGUGCUGCUGCGGAGCCGCAGGUGUGUUUACUGCAGUCCGGUUACCGGCGGUUAUACUGGUGUUGGUGUUGGUGUUGGUGUUGUUGUUGUUGUUGUUGGUGCGAUGGCCUCGCGCUCGUCCUCGCCGGACUCCGAGGGCUCUGAGCUUCAGGAGGAGUUUGAAAGUGCAGCUGAUCGAGUCAGAGAGCUGGUUCACACAGCCCCGCGAGACAAACUGCUGUACCUCUACGCCAGGUACAAACAGGCAAAAGUUGGAAAAUGCAACACGCCCAAACCAGGUUUCUUCGAUUUUGAGGGUCAAAGAAAAUGGACAGCGUGGAAGGAUCUUGGGGAUAUGAGUAAAGAUCAGGCCAUGCAGGAGUACGUGUCGUGUGUAAACGAGUUGGAUCCAGACGGUUCUAAGUCUUCAGAGCGAAGAGGCGAGCGAAGGACGGCGUUUGGAGGAGCAGCGGUCAGCUGUCUGUACCAGGAAGAGAUGAUCAGGGAGGAAGAUAAGAACAUAUUUGACUACUGCAGGGAGAACAACAUCGAGCAGGUCAGCAAAGCGCUCAGCUCGAAGAAAGUAGACGUCAACACGAAGGAUGAGGAGGGUCGUGCACUGCUACACUGGGCGUGUGAUAGAGGGCAUAAAGAGCUGGUGUCUCUCUUACUGAACAACAACGCUGACAUCAACAGCCAGGACGAUGAAGGUCAGACUCCGCUGCACUAUGCUUCAGCCUGCGAGUUCGCUGAAAUAGUGGAGUUGUUGCUGGAGGCCGGUGCUGACCCGUCCAUUAAGGAUAGUGAAGGUUCUCUUCCGGAGGAAGUGACUGAGUCCAGCUCCAUCUCAUCUCUCCUGCGGCAGUACACCGCCCCCAAAGGAUAAACUAUCCCUAAACCCCUACGCCCUACACCCUACGCCCUAAACCCUGGACCCAGACUACAGGCUACAUCCCCUAGAAUAUUGACAAAUGACCAAAUCUCCACCAGAGUUCAGAACUACUGGGAAACCUCUGCUCCACCAGCAGGCCACAGCCGGACUGAGUGACCUUUCUGUCUGACCAUUAGAGAAGAACAGGACUUGACGCUGCCUCAGUGACCAUGUUCUAUAAAUCAGCAUGCUGUACAAUAAUUCUACAGUUAAACGUGUUUAGGUUGUUGAGCCGAGUGACCGUUUGAAAGGGGUUUGUGCUCUAAUUAGAGUCGGAGUGAAGGAUUAGGGUUAGAUUUAGGUUUUGGUUUAAGGGUUUGCAAUAUUACUAGGUUUCAGAGACCAUCCAUAAUUGCUGAUUAUAAAGGUUCUGAAAAAGGUUCUUUGUGUGAUGCUGAAGAACAGUGGUCCUCCUGCUCUUCCAGCAGAAUGUAGUUCCAGACUGCAUCUAAUGUGCUGCCCCCACUCUUAACCUACACUCUAAAGAUGGUUCUUCAAGGGGUCUUUAUUAGAGACAGUGGUUCUAUAUAACACUCAGAGGACCAUUUGCAUGCUUAAAUGGUUCGUUGUGUGGUGGAAUGGUUCUUCAGAUUGAUGGAGAAUGUGU